AUUUAAUUUAGUAUGCUCGCGAAAUUCUCAGUGGGAGCACGUAUAAUAAUAUUCUCCUAAUUUUAAAAUGUAAACAAACCGUUUUUGUUAUCGUUAGUGAGUGCAAUAUAUCUUCUAGUAACCAAAAUGUACCUAAACAUAGGUAGUGUGUUGUGUUUUGUGCUGUUUAUGUGUCCAAAAAGUGGUUUUUGCGACACAAUAAGUGAACAUAAACAUGUUCAUUGUACACAUGAACAUCCAAAGGCUGACGAAGUAGUCCGAGGGGUUCACAUAGAGCCUGCACAUAUAGUCAAGAAAAGAAGCAUAGACCAGCCAUUAAGAAUUAGUAUAUUUUAUGACCAUUCCGUCUAUAGGUUAGAACCAGAGAAGUUUGACAUGAUAAAUAAUACAAUACUGCCGGAAGCAGUGAAGUUUUGGGAACAAGCUUUAAAAGUCAGAAAAACUGGUGGCCCCAUCAGAUUAAAUAGAAAAUGUCCCACACGACAAGUAUUCGUCCGAGACGGCAGGACGCAUUGCAUCGACAAAUGCAAUGUUGAAACUAUGUGUGGAGAAGUUAAAGUUCCUGAGGAACAUUUAAAUCUAUGCUACGUAUGCAACAGUACUGGACACAACUGCAGAGCUCUGCCGCGACAGAUCAGAGUGGAGGAUGACGCACCUACUGAUAUCGAUGGCAAUUCCAUCAAUGAUGGCACUGAGGUACCACCAGACACAGAAGAGCCAGAAGACUUUCAAGGAGUAGAAGACACGGAUUUCGUGUUGUAUGUCAGCGCGGUGGAGACGGAGCGAUGUCGGCGCGGACAAACUGUGGCUUAUGCGUCACAUUGUCAACAGGAGUCGGCUUUGGACAGGCCGGUAGCAGGGCAUGCUAACUUCUGCCCGGGCGAGCUGUCAACGAAGUAUAGAGACCUGCCCUCCGUGCUGUCUACGGUCAAGCACGAAAUGUUACACGCACUUGGAUUCAGUGUAUCACUCUUCGCGUUUUAUAGAGACGAAAAUGGCGAGCCCCUGACUGAAAGAAGACCGGAUACAGGGAACCCGCCAAUGGAUGAAGAGUUACAAAUCCACAAAUGGUCUGACCGCGUAGUGAAGAAUAUUACACGAAAGAAUUGGAUGAUCAGAGGGGGUUACAUGGAAAGGACUUUCCAUAUGAUUGUCACACCAAGAGUUGUUAAAGAGGUCCGUGAUCAUUUCAACUGUUCAGAGCUUGAGGGGGCUGAACUUGAAGACCAAGGAGGUGAUGGUACAGCUCUUACACAUUGGGAGAAAAGGAUUUUUGAAAACGAAGCCAUGACCGGCACCCACACACAGAACUCAGUGUUCAGUCGUAUAACAUUCGCCCUAAUGGAAGAUACGGGCUGGUACCGCGCCAACUACGAACAUGCCACCCCACUGGACUGGGGGCGAGGGUUGGGGUGCAAGUUCUCUAUGGUCUCCUGCAAGCAGUGGCUGAAUACUCAAAGGUUUAGACGUAAGAAUCCCGCGCCAUUUUGCGAGAGAAUCAAAGGCAAUCCUUUGCGGACUGAGUGUUCUCCAAGAAGGAACGCUGUCGUACUGUGUAAUCUAGUGCGACAUGACACUAUACUGCCGAGAGCUUAUCAGCAUUUCGACACCCUACCCAACGUGGCUCCGGGCGAGGAAGCUCACUACGGCGGUUCAGUCUCCCUGGCGGACUACUGUCCGUACCUUCAGGAGUUCACGUGGAGACACAAGAGUGUGCUCAUCAGAGGCAGUCGAUGUUCCUAUGAGGAGAAUACUCCUAAAACAGAUGUAAACUUCGCCUUGGAGAAUUACGGGGCGCACUCCAAAUGUUUUGACCACAGCGAGAGGGUGUGGGAACAGAAAUCUUGUAGACAGAUAAGAGAAUGGCAACACUGGGGUUCAGGGUGCUAUAAAUAUAAAUGUGAAAGUGGUCGACUGCAUAUAGUGGUGGGCAACUACUCGUACACAUGUUUCCACGCGAGCCAGGUGCUACAGAUUAGAAUAAUAAAACGCGGUUGGCUGCACAAAGGAGGCGUCGUCUGUCCUCCUUGCAGGGAACUCUGUGGUGAAGAGUUUGCGUCUAGAAACGAGUACUGCAAAGGUGGCGAGGAGCCUCUACCUCCGAAUUUAUAUCCCAACGAUGUUCUAACUUGUUCAGCUGUCAGUUUGACAGCUCCCGCCAUUUUGAUAGCCGCCAUCUUGGUUUUAGUAGUUAAUGUCACUCAGAAAUAAGACUCUCUUUGUAAGUUUCUAUAUAUAAAAAUGCCGACUUAAUUAGCGUGAAAAUUAUAAUGUACUUGAUUUGAGAUUUAAAAGCCUGUGAUGAUUGCAGCCGUGUAAAAAUUUUUGCAACAGUAACGGAAAAAACAAGUUUUCAAAGUAUUUAUAAAAUGGCAGCCGAAAAAUUAAUACAAAAUGUUACUAAGCUCCCUGUCUUGUCCUAAAGUGUGAACGUGUGUUGAAAAUAAGUCGUAUAUAACUUAUUUUAUUUCUAUUUUUAAUUUAAAUG